AUGGAGAAUUUGAAUGUUCAACCGAAAAGGAAAGAAAAAAUCGGUAAAAAUAAGAAAGCCAAACUGAGGAUUUUAAAGACGCGUGGAUCUACAAAUGCAUCAUCAGCAUCGAACUUGAUCGAUGUCCACAUUGUGGGGAUGGGUGGCAAGGGGUUUCCUAAAGCUGUAAUGAUCAACACAACAUUUACAAGAUACCUUUUCAACUGUGGUGAAGGAGUUCAAAGAUUUUUGCUGGUUGACAAAUUGAAGAUUGCAAAGAUAGAACAUCUUUUUCUGACCAGUAAAGAUUGGAGUAGUAUUGGUGGAUUAAUCGGUUUAUUAUUAUCAUUGGAAGAGACAGGAGUACCCAAAAUUACCCUUCAUGGACCCCCUAAUGUGGAGGGUAUAUCCAGUAUGUGUAAACAUUUAGGACAGUCAGAUGGGACACAAUUGGAAAAGAGAGCACUUACUGAAGAAUGUUUCGAAGACAAUAACUUCAAGUUUCAAUAUGUACCAUUCUUUUGUGAAGAUGAAAGAACCGAUGAAGCAGAGUCUGCCAGUAAAAAGCCUAGAUUAGACAGUCUACCUGUUGAGGUUUCCGUAGCCUAUAUCUGUACUCCCAAACCAUCAGAAAGAAAGAUAGAUAUUUUAAAAUGUAAAGAAUUAGAUAUUCGUCCAGGUCCUAGUUUUAAUUUGUUGAAAACUGGUGAAUCAGUAACAUUAGAAGAUGGUAGAGUUAUUAAUUCUGAAGAUAUUUUAAAGCCACUUGUUCCAUCACCAUCAUUUAUCAAUUGUCCUCACUCUGGGUUUUUAACUCCAUUGAUUAAUAACGAAGGAUUGAAAAAAUAUCAAAACACAGAUGAAAAUACACCAGUAGAAAUGACAGUUGAUUUAAUUAUUCACCUAACUCCAGAACAUAUACUAAAAUUACCUGAAUAUCAACAAUGGAUGAACAGUUUUGGAGCGAAUGUUAAACAUAUGAUAUUUGAAGAUACGUUCAGUAACGCCAUGCAUGAUGAUGGUUCAAAAAUACAAAGCCACCUGAAUUUACUCCAUCCUGAGUUAUUCCCCUUGUUACCAGCAUUGACCACGCCCACCUCGACUCUACCUGAUAUGACUACGAAUAUUAUUAGAGGGGAAAAUAACUUGAAGUAUCAUUAUAAACCAUAUACACAAUUAUCAAGAGAGUUAAUAACUCAGCCAAACCUUGAAGAUUUCCAGAGUGAAAUUACAAGAAAUCCUGAAAUUACUGAAGCAAUAGAUAAUUUUAAACAAGAGGUCGCUAAAUUAAAAUCAGAGAUUCCUAAAGAUGAUCGAGUGUAUCCAGAGAUUGUAUUUUUAGGUACUGGAGCCUCAACUUCAUCAAAAUACAGAAAUUUUAGUGGAAUUCUGUUACGUUUAGAUGACAGUAAGAGUAUAAUGUUAGACUGUGGUGAAGCUACAAUAAGUCAGUUAUAUGAUCAUUAUGGUGAAAAAACAGACUCUAUAUUACGUACUCUUAAUGGUGUAUUUAUAUCACAUAUGCAUGCUGAUCAUCAUUUAACUUUCUGUCAAGGCACCUCAUUAGCUGUAUUCGCUAAGGGCCUCAGUGGUAUUAUACAGGCGAGGCUAGAUGCGUUUGGAAAAGAAAAAAAAGACAUUACUAGUUUGGUCGUAGCGGCUCCAUUAUCAAUGAAGAGAUGGAUAGAUUAUAUUGAUUCGAGAAUUUAUCCAGUUUCUGCAGCUAUAAAGUUAUUUCCCUUACAAAGACUAAAACCAGAAGAUAAACUGAAUAUUGAAAAGCUUCUCCAACUUGAUGAUGUAAGUGGCCAUUUUUUUUUUUCAAAGAAUGUUACAGAUUGA